AUCUGCGCCCAUCACAUACAAUACAUAUACACACCAAACAAACGAUGCCAUUUCUUCAUCUUGGAUACAAGCGGAUGCACUAUGCGGAUCUGACGCCGACAAAUAGAAAGACGCGAGAGACACUAAUCUUCAUGCAUGGUCUGGGCUCGUCGCAGAACUACUACUAUGCUGUAUGCCAGAAGCUGGUUAGAAGCGGGUUCCGCUGCAUAACCUUUGAUAACACCGGCGCUGGGCGCUCGCCGUAUACCUUUGUCGAGCAAAGUAUUGAAACGCUGGGCGAGGAUGUUGUCGGCAUUUUGGAUGCCCUGAAGGUGGACAAGGCCGUCUUUGUAGGGCAUAGCAUGGGAGGUAUCGUGGGUGCGCAUCUUGCUGCUGAGCGUAGUGAUCGCAUUGUAGCAGCCAUCCUUAUCGGCCCCGUCUAUCCCAACCCUGGGGUAGGGCCUAUUUUCGAGAAACGGAUUGCGACUGUGGAAAAAGAGGGCAUGCAACCCAUGGCAGAUAGCAUCCCGCAAGCAGCAGUGGGAAGCAAAGCUUCCCCGCUUGCCAAAGCGAUGAUCCGCGAGUUGCUCUUGUCACAGGACCCAGCUGGUUACGUAUCCAACUGCCGAGUCAUCAUCAAUGCAAAUGUGCCUCAGUACGGCGACAUCGGCGUGCCUGUUCUUAUCCUCGCGGGCGAAGAAGAUAAGAGCGCGCCGCUGGAGGGUUGCAAGAAGAUGUUCGACGAGAUUGGCAGCAGCGAGAAGAAGUUGGAGAUUCUAGAGGGGAUCGGGCAUUGGCAUUGUCUCGAAGCGUUUGAACAGGUCGCCAGCAUGAUUGAGGCGUUUUACCACGAGAUCCAGUGAACAAGGGGGGAAAGGCAUUAACACGGUCAUUGUCAACGUAGAACGAUGCACGAACCAAGCGUUACGGUGAGAAACGGCGGGGAGAAGGAAAGUUUAAACAAUGUGUCUGUGUGAAGAUGUGUUAUUGAGCAACGGCCAUCAUGAGGGAGGGUCAGCAACAAACAGGUGCCAAAUCAUACCGCUCUUUGGUCGACCAGCCUUCACGGUGUGUGCCUGUGGAGUCGAC